CCGCUCGCCGGGUCAAACAGGGCUGCUCGCUGGCCCCGGCGCCCAUCAGAAGCAGGCGCGCUCACGGUGACUCUUCUUCACUGCACCGCCGCUCAACGCACUACUGCAUCAGACCGAGAUCAAACCGGCUGUCCCAGGCCAGACAGACUCAUCGUUCUGUAGUCCAGUGCCAUCUCCUUCCCUCGUCGCUUCCGGGCGGCCUGCACUGCAAGUCGACGGCACGGCAAUGGCUAUGCCUUCUUGCACGAUGCGAGCCGUGCAGUACGACAGAUACGGCGGGGGAGCACAAAGCCUCAAGUUGAUCGGUGAUGCACGCGCGUGUUCUACUGAAUCCAGCAUGUGGAGGUGCCGAUCCCGGCGCCGAGGAAGGGGGAGGUGCUCAUCAGGAUGGAGGCGACCAGCAUCAACCAAGUCGACUGGAAGUUCCAGAAGGGCGUCGCCCGGCCCGUCAUGCCCAGGAGGUUCCCCUUCAUCUCAGGUUUCGACCUAGCCGGAGAAGUCGUGGAGUUGGGCGCUGGAGUGAGCAGCCUCAAACCAGGGGACAAGGUCAUCGCCAUCAACUUUCCGAAUGGCGGCGGGCUCGCAGAGUACGCUGUGGCGUCGGCUUCUCUGACAGUGCCAAGACCGCCGGAGGUGUCCGCGGCCGAAGGCGCGUGCAUACCUAUCGCCGCGGUCACCGCGCUCCGGUCGUUGCAGACAGCCGGGGUCAGCUUGGACCCAGCUCGUGGCGACUCCAGCUGCAAGAACGUGUUGGUCACCGCGGCCUCUGGUGGCGUCGGCCACUUCGCCGUGCAGCUGGCCAGGCUGGCUGGCCACAACGUCACGGCCACCUGCGGCGCGCGCAACCUCGGCCUCGUCCGGAGCCUCGGCGCCGACGAGGCGCUGGACUACGCCACCCCGGAGGGCGCCGCGCUGCGGAGCCCCUCGGGGAGGAGGUACGACGCGGUGGUGCACUGCGCGACGGGCUUCCCAUGGUCCGUGUUCAAGCCUGUGCUCGCCCCCGCCGGCACGGUCGUGGACAUCACGCCCGGUGUCGCGGCCGUCGUCACCGCGCUACUCCAGAGGGUGACCUUCUCCAAGAAGAGGCUGGUGCCGCUCAUAGUGUCGCCCAAGAAGGAGGACAUCGAGCUGUUGGUGGGCAUGGUGAAGCAGGAGAGGCUCAAGACGGUGAUCGACUCCCGGUGCCCGCUGAGCAGGGCGCAGGAGGGCUGGGCCAAGAGCAUGGAAGGACACGCCACCGGCAAGGUCGUCGUAGAAAUGGGAGGCGCAGAGUGAGCAUAUCGUGCACUGUGUUUGUACAUGUACCGUUUCUCACCACUGGAUCUAGGAUCUACGGCUUAGACUUCCAUGUGACGAUAGUAGUAACAAAGAUUUAGGUGAGAAUUUUGAUUUACGCCAUCGAUGAUCGUAGCUCCUAUACAAACUAACUGCCAUUCAUAUGGAAUUUGCAUGUGUUGGUAGUAUUAAACU